AUGAUCGAUUUGCUUGAACAGGAACGACCUGUCUGGCUUCCGGGACAUGCUCAAGGUUAUCAUGCAUUUACCUACGGAUGGUUAGCUGGCGAACUCAUACGACGAGUCGAUCCACAGAGGCGAACAAUCGGAGAAUUUAUUCGAGAAGAAAUCGCUGAUCGACUACAAACUGAAUUCUAUAUUGGUCUUCCGCAAGAAUUUGAACAACGAGUAUCACCGUUGAUUUUUACCGAUAUUGAAAGAAUCAUGAAUAGAUCCAUGUUGGCAUUGUAUGAGUUCUUCAAUGAAGCCCGAGCACAUCAAGCAGAAAUUCCAGCUGGAAAUGGCAUCACAAAUGCACGAUCGUUAGCUCGUAUUUUCGCUUCACUCAUCGGCAAUAUUGAUGAUCGAGAGGAUAGUCGAUUAUUACAACCGGAAAUCUUGCAACGCGCCACAACAUUGAAUACAUUGCCAAACGAAAUCGAUAUCAUCAUGAAAAUACCAUUUCCUUUCGGUAUGGGUUUUAUGCUUUACGAACAAGAUUUCCCGAUGUUCGGAUCGAAAUCAUUUGGUCAUACCGGAGCGGGGGGUAGUAUUGCAUUUGCUGCUCCAGCCAAGAAUCUUUCGUUUGCCUACGUCAUGAAUCGAGUCAAUUUAGAGCCCGUCACUAUUAACAAUACUCGAAUUGGCAUUAUUCUAAGUCGAAUCGGAACAAUGCUCGAUGACAAUCAUUUGAACUGA